AUGGUUUCUUGGACUGCUUUUGGAGCCAGAAGUCAGGGUCUCAACGAGGCUGAAGUGUCCACCAAAUGCAGCCCAAUGGAGUGGACUAUUUCCAUCCUGAUCCUGAACGUCAACGCUGGCACCGGCGCCCAUGAGUACUUCCAAUAUCUCCAGCUGACCAGCCUUCGCCGCGAUAUGUACCGGUGUCAUCCCGUCGAUUCCUCUGGCGUUAAGAUCCGCGCCAUAUUCAAGAAGCGGGCCGAUCAAGUUGACCGCUCCGGCAUCGUCGCGACCGCAAAUAAUAUCACGAAUGUUGGCACCAUAGCGGUCAACUUCGGCUGCAAUGUCAUUGGUGGAGCCUUCGUAUAUCAUCCGGUGCAGUUUACAAAACCGAAGCAUUUUGAGCUGCUCAUCGGUAAUUUCUACCGAUGGCAAGUCUCAAUGGAAUUCGAUACGUAUAUCAGGUAUUCCAGCACCAAGGCGAGCACAGCGGGUUUGUCUGUCAUGGUUCGGGAUCACCGCCUUCUAGCGUCGGAUGGUGGCCUUGUUCGUGAAGCGGUUUUCGAAUUGGUAGUCUUCUACUAUGUUCUUGAAGAAAUGCGAAAGGAUAUCAAGGGCGUAUAG